UGCAGGUGGCCGCGAAGCAGGGACCUGUCUUUGGGAGUCAAGAGCAAGAGGCACAGCCCAGAGUGUCCUGGCCUUGACCCAGUCUCUGAGCUCCCAAGUCCUGGUGCCUUCAGUCUCUCUGCCAAGGGCUUCGGUGGGGCCCAGGGAGCAGCAGAUGCCGCCUCUCGAGGAAGGAGACCAUCUCUUUCCUCCGUAGCCCACGCUGGGAGUGUGUCAGCUGCUGAGGACGGCAGCCUGCUGGCUCAACCUUGGUACUCGGGGAACUGUGACCGCCAUGCCGUCGAGAGCACCCUGCUCCGCUUACAGAAGGACGGGGCCUACACCGUGCGCCCCAGCUCAGGGCCUCACAGCGCUCAGCCCCUCACCCUGGCCGUGCUGCUCCGAGGCCGCGUGUUCAACAUUCCCAUCCGACGGCUGCAUGGCGGGCAGCACUAUGCCCUGGGCAGGGAAGGCAAGAACCACGAGGAGCUCUUCCCCUCUGUGGUCGCCAUGGUCCAGCACUACGCACAGCACCCCCUACCCCUGGUGGACAGACACAGCGGCAGCCGGGGACUCACCUGCCUGCUCUUCCCGACCAAGCCCUGAGGCCACAGCGACCACAUGCCCACCUCUGGCCCUGCUGUUUGCUCUUGCCCGGCUCCACCUUGGGCUGGCUUCCUCUCUCCUUCCCCACUUCCUGC